GUUAUGUUAGUUAAGGUUGGAGCAGAGUGAGAAAAAGAAUAAAAACACACAAGACAUGGAAAAUGGAAACACGCCCAAUGAACCCGCUAGUUUCUGGACUCAAGCAAACGCUCUCCUUAGGAAGAAUUUAACCUUCCAGAAACGAAAUGUGAAGACAACGAUUAGGCUAAUCAUGUACCCGUUCUUGCUGUGUCUGUUGCUGGUUCUAAUCCAAAAGCUGCUAGAUAUUCAAUUGGACAAGGCUAAAAACAAGUGUGGAUGCAUUUGUAGCAAGACACAAGGGGACAAUUGUAUUGAGAAAGUGUGUGGUAUUCAGUAUUCGGAUUUGGAUCAAGUUGGAACAUGUCCAAUUCCUAACCCUCCUGAAUGGCCUCCUCUGUUGCAAGUGCCUGCUCCACAAUAUCGUGCUGUGAGAACGGAUUUUCUUCCCUUUUCUGAUUUGCCAAACCAGUCUUGCAGGAACAAUGGCUCGUGUCCUGUUACUAUGUUCUUCACCGGCACUAACCAAUCUUUUGGAGAAAUUUUAUCUGGGAAUAUGAUCCCAAGUACCUUUACCAUAAAUAAUUCCGAUGUUAUGGGUAGUCUGGCAACAAAUGUCGUGGGAUCAUCAUCAAAGACACAGUACGACAAUUUUCUGGAACCUGCUUUCUUUUCGGAUCUUCCCAUUUAUUAUCUACAAAGUCAGUGUACACAGAACUCUACAUUCUCCAUUCCUGUUCAGAUAUCAACCAUUAGCAGCCAGCAAGAGGUAACAUGUGCUCAGGGUUUACGUUUAUGGCGUAAUAGUUCUUCUGAGGUAAACAAUGAGCUGUUUAAAGGUUAUAGAAGGGGUAACACAGAGAAACAGAUCGAUGAGAUAGCUGCAGGUUAUGAUUUUCUAAAUUCAAAUGGAAAUAGAUAUAAUGUCAGCAUAUGGUACAACUCAACCUACAAAAAUGACACAGGCUUUGCAUCUAUUGCGUUGGCGCGUAUUCCUCGUUCUGUAAAUCUGGUAUCUAAUGCCUACCUUCAGUUUCUGCUGGGACCUGGUACCCAAAUGUUGUUUGAGUUUGUAAAGGAAAUGCCGAAACCUGAGACCCCAAUUAAAUUUGAUUUGGCUUCUCUACUGGGGCCUCUCUUCUUUACAUGGGUCAUCCUGCAACUUUUCCCUAUUAUCCUGACAUCGCUUGUUUAUGAGAAGCAACAAAAAUUAAGAAUCAUGAUGAAAAUGCAUGGUCUUGGUGAUGGGCCGUAUUGGAUGAUUUCUUAUGGUUAUUUUCUUGCCUUAUCUAUUGUCUACAUGCUGUGUUUUGUGAUAUUUGGCUCAGUCAUAGGGUUAAAAUUCUUCACAAUGAAUGACUACAGCAUCCAAUCCGUGUUUUAUUUCAUCUAUAUAAAUUUACAAAUAUCGCUGGCAUUUCUGUUGGCUUCCCUGUUUUCAAAUGUUAAGACAGCAACAGUAGUUGCAUAUAUAGGUGUGUUUGGAACUGGGCUCUUAGCUGGCUUUCUUUUCCAAUUUUUUGUUCAAGAUACAUCGUUUCCAAGAGGGUGGAUCAUUGUUAUGGAGUUGUAUCCUGGGUUUGCUUUAUAUCGUGGGUUAUAUGAGUUUUCACAAUCUUCAUUCAAUGGGAAUGCUUUGGGGACUAAUGGAAUGCGGUGGAAAGAUCUAAGUAAUAGCACGAAUGGCAUGAAAGAUGUCUUAAUUAUCAUGUUCGUGGAGUGGGUAUUGGUGCUUUUUUUGGCAUAUUACAUGGAUCAAGUUUUGUCAUCUGGAAGUGGGAAAAGUCCUCUCUUUUUCUUGAAAGGAUUUCAGAAAAAGCCUAGUUCAUCUUUUAGGAAGCCUAGUAUCCAAAGGCAGGGAUCUAAAGUUUUUGUUCAGAUGGAGAAACCAGAUGUCAAUCAAGAGAGAGAGAAGGUGGAACAGCUGCUACUUGAACCAACUAUUAAUCAUGCAAUUGUAUGUGACAACCUGAGAAAGGUCUAUCCGGGGAGGGAUGGUAACCCAGAGAAAUUUGCAGUGAAAGGGUUGUCCCUUGCUUUGCCUCAAGGGGAAUGCUUUGGUAUGCUUGGUCCCAAUGGUGCUGGGAAGACUUCUUUUAUCAACAUGAUGAUUGGUCUCACAAAGCCAACCUCUGGUACAGCAUAUGUUCAAGGUCUUGACAUAAGAACUGAUAUGGAUGGAAUAUAUACUAGCAUGGGUGUAUGCCCACAGCAUGACUUGCUGUGGGAAACCCUAUCAGGAAGAGAGCACCUUCUCUUUUAUGGCAGACUUAAAAAUCUUAAGGGUUCAGCCUUAACACAAGCAGUGGAAGAAUCUUUGAAAAGUGUAAACCUUUUUCAUGGAGGAGUUGCUGAUAAAAAAACUGGAAAAUACAGUGGAGGAAUGAAGAGGAGGCUUAGUGUUGCUAUUUCAUUGAUUGGAGAUCCUCGAGUUGUUUAUAUGGAUGAGCCAAGUACUGGAUUAGACCCUGCUUCAAGAAACAACUUAUGGAAUGUUGUUAAGCGUGCAAAACAAGAUCGUGCAAUCAUUCUCACCACACAUUCAAUGGAAGAGGCAGAAGUCCUAUGUGAUCGAUUAGGAAUAUUUGCAGAUGGUAGCAUGCAGUGCAUCGGAAAUCCAAAGGAGCUGAAAGCCAGAUAUGGAGGAACUUAUGUGUUCACGAUUACAACAUCUAUGGAUCAUGAAAAGCAUGUGGAGAACUUGGUGCAACAGCUCUCCUCAAAUGCUAACAAGAUAUACCAUAUCUCUGGUACGCAAAAGUUUGAGCUGCCAAAAGAGGAGGUUAAAAUAGCAAAUGUAUUCCUAGCUGUUGAAACUGCAAAGAGAAACUUCACGGUUUCUGCAUGGGGUUUAGCUGAUACCACAUUGGAAGAUGUCUUCAUUAAGGUUGCACGUGGGGCUCAGGCAUUUGACACCUUGUCAUAAAUAAUUUCAUACACAUUAUAUUGCUAGUCUACAUAUACUAUACAGGUUGAAUUAAUAUUAUUACGUGUAGCAUCACGAGUUUGUAUAUAGUCAUGUUUUUUUGUAGUUUACUUUGUAAUAUUCUUUUUACAACCCGCUUUCCUACCAAAAUAAAAUAAAACAAGAUCU